UUCGAGGCUAUAUAGUAUAUAUCCGGAAUCAAUGACGUCUAUUUACUAACGGCAUUGUCCGGAAUUAUCGAACACGUCAUUUUGAACAACAAGAAGGAUACACGCAACUGUUUUAGUGUUUACAGACAUAAAUAUCCUUACAGUAUUUUUAUACACGAAGAUAUGAUAUCCUACAUUUAUAGAUGAAAGCUCUGAACACAACCACACGAUAUUUUUAUGAGAUCAAUCCGGUUUCAAUAAAUACAUGGUCAUCAUGGGGCAGGCAAUGUGUAAAAAUAUAUUAUGGAAAUCAAAAGAGGUCAAAAUUCUUAUGGUGGGAUUAGAUGCAGCUGGGAAAACAACAAUACUAUAUACUAUAAAACUAGGUGAAGUUGUGACAACAAUACCUACUAUAGGUUUCAAUGUUGAAACAGUAGAGCAUAAAAACCAGUCAUUAACAGUGUGGGAUGUUGGUGGAAGGGGUAAAGCGAGAUUUCUCUAUCGACAUUAUUACGCUUCAACGAAUGCUGUUAUAUUUGUUAUUGAUAGUAGUGAUCGUGAAAGAUUAGAUGAAGCAUUAGAAGAAUUUAACACCGUAUUCUCAGAACCAGAAUUAUCAGACUGUACAUUCCUGAUAUUAUGUAACAAACAGGACUUGAAAAAUGCUUCUACUGUUGAAGAUAUAAUAGAGAAAUUAAAAUCUCAUCCUUCAGAAAAAGUUGGAGUUUUUCCAGUGGUAGCACUAGACAGAAAAACUUUAAAAGAACCACUGAAUUGGCUAACAGAUACAGUAGCUAACAAGAAAACCAAGUCUUUAGCUGAUGAGACUGUAGCACAAGCUAAAGAAAUCAUCAAACCAGUCUUCAGUCCAUCAAACUACUUUAAACAAAGUUGGAAUUAUGUUAAAAGCUAUUUUCCAUGAAUGGAAUGUGAAAUUUAUCUACCUGUGUCAUUCAUAUCUAAUCUGUGAUACAUAUUUUAUAUAUAAAAAGCAAUUUACUGUAGAUCAAACUAUUGUGUAAUGGAAAGUAGAAUGUGGGAAUACAACUAUCUGUUUUUAACUUAAAUUUUUUGUAUCUAAUUCUAACUAUACAAUGAAAGAAACAAAAACUGAACUAACUGCUACAUACAGACAAUAAUGGAUAUACCUACAGUUUGUAACAAAUAUGUGAUGUUUGAAAACAUGAGCUUUUAAACAUAGAUACCCCACUUUUAUAGUUGACUCAAGAGUUGAUUUUAUAUUAUAUUUUUUAAAUAUUUUUGUUGUUAUUAUUGAAUUCAUCUGUACAAUGCAUUAAAUACAGAAUAUUUUUCACAA